CAGAAGGAGCGCGCGCAUCUGGGAGUGAUCCGGGUCCAGCGCUUUCGGCGGGAGCCACGAGAGGGAGAGAGAAGGGUCCCGGGCUGCUUCGACCACCACCGUCGCCGUCGCAGCCUCUCUGCCAGCGGUCGCAGCUUCCCGCGAGCGGGCGGCCGUUGCCGCCGAAGCCGCCGCAGUCGCUGUGUGCAGUCUGGAAGGGGGGCGGGGGGGCGGGGGGGAGUUGUGGACGCGGGGUGCCAAGGACUUCGCAACUUGCCCGGGAAGGUGGAGGGGCGAGAGGGGGAGGGGGACCUCCGCACGAGACCUAGCGGCCCGGGUUGGAGCGCCCAGCCCCGCAGCGGAUCAUGGUGCAGCAAGCGGAGAGCUUGGAAGCGGAAAGCAACCUGCCCCGGGAGGCUCUGGACACGGAGGAGGGCGAAUUCAUGGCUUGCAGCCCGGUGGCCCUGGACGAGAGCGACCCGGACUGGUGCAAGACGGCGUCGGGCCACAUCAAGCGGCCCAUGAACGCUUUCAUGGUGUGGUCCAAGAUAGAGCGCAGGAAGAUCAUGGAGCAGUCUCCGGACAUGCACAACGCAGAGAUCUCCAAGAGGUUGGGCAAGCGGUGGAAAAUGCUGAAGGACAGUGAGAAGAUCCCCUUCAUCCGGGAGGCGGAGCGGCUGCGGCUCAAGCACAUGGCCGACUACCCCGACUACAAGUACCGGCCGCGGAAAAAGCCCAAAAUGGACCCCUCGGCCAAGCCCAGCGCCAGCCAGAGCCCCGAGAAGAGCGCGGCGGGCGGAGGCGGCGGGGGCGCGGGCGGCGCGGGCUCCAAGACCUCCAAAGGCUCCAGCAAGAAGUGCGGGAAGCUCAAGGCUCCCGCGGCUCCCGCGGCCGCCGGCGCCAAGGCCAACGCGGGCAAGGCCACCCAGCCCGGGGACUACGGCGGCGCGGCCGACGACUACGUGCUUGGCAGCCUGCGCGUGAGCGGCGCGGGCGGUGGGGGCGCGGGCAAGACGGUCAAGUGCGUGUUCCUGGACGAGGACGACGAAGACGAGGACGACGACGACGAGCUGCAGCUGCGAAUCAAACAGGAAGCGGACGAGGACGACGAGGAGCCGCCGCACCAGCAGCUCCUGCAGCCCCCCGGGCAGCAGCCGCAGCUGCUGAGACGCUACAACGUGGCCAAAGUGCCCGCCAGCCCCACGCUCAGCAGCUCCGCCGAGUCCCCCGAGGGCGCGAGCCUGUACGACGAGGUGAGGGCGGGCGCCACCUCGGGCCCCGGCAGCGGCAGCCGUCUCUACUACAGCUUCAAGAACAUCACCAAGCAGCACCCGCCGCCGCUGGCGCAGCCCGCGCUCUCGCCCGCGUCCUCUCGCUCAGUCUCCACCUCCUCUUCCUCCUCGACCUCGUCCGGCGGCGGCAGCGGCAGCGGCGGCGAGGACGCCGACGACCUGAUGUUCGACCUGAGCUUGAAUUUCUCCCAAAGCGCGCACAGCACCAGCGAGCAGCAGCUGGGGGGCGGCGCGGGAGCCGGGAACCUGUCCCUGUCUCUGGUGGAUAAGGAUUUGGAUUCGUUCAGCGAAGGCAGCCUGGGUUCUCACUUCGAAUUCCCCGACUACUGCACUCCCGAGCUGAGCGAGAUGAUCGCGGGGGACUGGCUGGAGGCGAACUUCUCCGACCUGGUGUUCACGUAUUGAGAGAGAGAGGGGCGCCUCUCUUCUCGCUCUUUUCUCAGCGGGUGCAGAGCUGGGUUCCUAGGGAGAAGGAAGUCGUGGCGGUCAUGAUGAUGGUGGUGGUGGUGGUGGGGUUAGUAGGGUGGAGGGGAGAGAAGAUGGUGAUGUUGAUAUGAUGUCGUGACACAAAAGAAAAAAUUGGAAAAAAGAUGAAAAUUUUGGUGGAGUUAAAAGUGAAAUGAGUAGUUUUAACCAUUUUUCCUGUCUUUUUUUUUUUUGACCCCCCCCCCAUCCUUUAUCGUGUCUCGAGGUAGUUGCAUACCUAGUCUGGAGUUGUGAUUUUCCCCCCACCCACCUCGAAAUGUGUUUUUGUAAAUUUUCCCCCCUGAAAUUCGUGAUUGCAACAAAGGCGGAGGGGACUGGGCGGGGGAGGGGAGGGAGGACCCGCUCCGGAAGGCGCUGUUUGAAGCUUGUCGGUCUUUGAAGUCUGGAAGACGUCUGCAGAGAGGACCCUUUUGGCAGCACAACUGUUACACUAGGGAGUUGGUUGGAGAUUUUUCUUUUAAGAGAUCUUAAAGAACUGGUGUUUUGUUUCUUUUUUUUUUUCCAACAAACACAAAAAAGGGACCAUUGCAACUUUUAAUUUUAUUUCAUUUUUUGGAGGGAGAAAACUGAUGUCUUCUAUGCAUCCGAUUCUUAACAAAACUGCAGGGAGCUUGAAAAAAUGCAGACUGUACAAACGCUUACAAAAAAAAAACUGUGAACUGACUUAAGAUCAGAGUUUACUUUUCAGAUCAAAUUGUUUAUUGUUUUACAAAUGUGAUUUCUACUUGCCAACUUUUUUUUUGUAACUUGUUCCCUUAUACCUCCUUGAUUGAAUACCAGACAGCCUAGACCUCAGUACAAAAGGUAUUGAAACAUUUUUGAUACAUAACAGACCUCAGUCUUUUUUAAAAAUUAAUAUAUUUUCAGGCGUAUUUUUGUACAGUGAAAAGGGAACAUUCUUGCUGUGUUUUUUCAGUAAGACUUUCAGGCACUUCUUCCCUUUUGAUUUCUUUUUUUUUCCUCUGUUUUUUAGCAUGCAAGUAUGUUGGUACGUUAUGUCCUGGUUUAAAAAGGAUUAAAAUUUUAAAAUAAUCCUUGCAUCUAAAGGCCUUGUGGUUAAAAAAAAAAAAGCAAACUUUUUUUGUACAGCUAUAGUAGAGAUUUGUUCAAUAUUUGUAGGUAAAGAUUUAUUGAAAAUGGUGAUAUAGACCUCAGAGCUGUUAUCUUAGUUUAAAGAUUGUAUAUGUACUGUACUAUAGUAGGAUUUUAUGUAUCUCAUACGCUGUGAUAUGUGGAUGGGGCCCCAGAUGGAAGGUUUGAAACUGGAUUCUCGAUUUUUAGCAAAAAAAAGAAAAAAGGCACAUAGUUUAAAAAGUUUCUCAUUUUGUGCAAUAUAAUCUAAAUAAAGUACAGACCAUCUGCGUAUUUUGUAGCAAAUGGUGGCAAAGCAGACUCAAUGCACUGUCGACAUCAUUGCUUUUUUUUUUCCGUGCUGGAAGUCUGUAUCUUGACAAUUUUAAUAAAUCAGCUGGAACUGAUAGAAAUUCUCAUCGCCAGUAGUCUCAAUGGAAGUCAAACUGGAGGUCCUGUUGUCGCAGCGCAUUCAGUGACGAAGCUGUUGUGUGCGCGAGUGGGAGGUGGCAAAAUAGAAUUGUUCUGGGGGGGCUUAGGCUGCAAAGUGCUCAAUUUGGCAGGCCGGUUUCUUUUUCCUCUUCAUUCGGUGGCUACUUACUAAAAAAACUAUUUUCUGCUUGCCUUCCCUCCCUCCUACCCCACCGCCCCACCCCAAUUCCAUUUCCUUUCUCACCUCCUCCUCCUCCCACUCCCGCCCUCCUCUCCCCCACCCAUCCUGGCCGGCUGGCGGGCGUGAGGAGAGGCUAAGGGACAAGGGACAGCAGAAGGACUGGUGGCCGACUGGCGCGGCCGGUAUCCUGUGCUCGCCUGGAAGUGUGCGUUCUCAUCGCCUGUGGUGACAAACGCCUUUGGGCAGUGAGCGCUAAGACUAAGGCUGUCCCUUAGAGAGCUGGGACAGCCGUUUGCAUUUUGAAUUUUUUUUUUUUUUGACGCAACUUGGCGUGUGCGCAGAGGUAGCUGGUUUGGAGCACAGGCACAGUUCUUGACCUCGUGCUGCCCUGGGUGCAGGGAGAGGUGGUCAGUGUUUUGUCUCUGCCCCUACCCUGGGGCCAAGGAGUCACACCGCCAGAAAGAUUGACUGUUGGAUCCAGGCCCUGCCUGCGCGUGCAGACCCCGAGGCUGGAGCAUCUGAGGGAGAUGCAUGGCAAGGCCACUGCAAUGGGAGCCUCAGUAGCCUAGAUGUCCUUAAGGGCCGAGCCACGGGGUGGCUGAGGGCAUUGGGGAGGCGGCCCAACACCCAAGGAACAAAGCCCUGCCGCCCGGGCAAGGUUUUUGCGACUGGCUCUUUUUGGCCACCGCGCGUGCCCUGUGCACCCUAUCCUGGAAGCUGCAACACGGGAUACCCACGUUGACUCCCCGUGGGAAGGGGAACCACCGGGCUGUGGGUGGGAAGGAGAUUGUAAACCCGGGAAGGAGUGGCCCGUCGCACGCGGUGGGUGCCCUUCUUUGCUUGCUUGUUGGCUCCCGGCUAACCACCUCCAGAAAGGUGGUUGGGCUCCUUGGUUGUUUUCCAGCUGCCUCCUAGAUGCUCACGCGGCAAGGCGCGGGCGCGACCCUAUCGGGCGCGCGCUUCCUGCUCGCUGCGGACCAUUUGCCCCGCCACUCAACUCUCCUCCUCCACCUCCCCCCACUUCCCAACCCCCCGAAUCCCUGAGUCCUCGCGCUCAGGCAGGGGACCGCGGCCUGGCGCCCCCACCCACCCCCGGCUGCGAGCCCACACCCUCCCCCCUCCCACCACCACCACCACCCCCGGCGCCUCUUCCGGGGGGCUGCGCCUGGGGACGCUGGGAGGCCGAUAGGCGCCCAGAACUCCAGCCACGGAACCUAACCUCUCCGAGGUGCGGCGCUUGCAAUGGGGGAGGUGUUUAGUGGCUAAUUGAAUCUCGGUGCAAAAUCACUUAAGAUUUUUUUUUUAUUAUUCUACUAAUUAAUGAAAUGAUUUACCAAGGAUUGGCCCCCAUUUGCACUGAAAUUUAAUGAGACUUAUAGAGGUGCUUGUACACAACCAGGACCCAACACCCUCCUGCACACCAACAGGACCCAUUAGAAAGGGACCCAACCUUCUUCUGGACUCCCCUCCCACUUUGAUUUGCUCUUAGAGCUCUGGCUUCCCCCAGCUUUCCUGUGACUCCUGGCGAGUGCCCACCACUGUCCCCUCCCUUGGGAUGUGGAGUCAGGGAACUUUUUUUUUUUUUUUUUUGGCUUUUCUUCGUUGAACCAUCAGAUUUCAGUAAUACUCUUAGGUGAAGGAAGGGCCAGUGGUAUUAGCAAGGUCCUCGAUGUAGAACUGGAUUUCUGGGAUUGUUUACUUUUUUUAAAAAUUUUUCUUACCCCAAAUGCUAGAGUAAUGUACUCAUUGGUGAGACAUUUAUUUUAGCCACGAAUGAUUGAUCCAGCGGUUUACAAUUAGCAGUUCUCUGUGCUGGUAAUUUUUACGUGGCUGCCCUCUGCUGCAGUUCUAAAUCUUGUUGAAAAUCAAACCCAUUUACAAGACUGAGUCUAUUGUAUUUUGAAAAUCUGAACUUUGCAUGUAUUCUAUGUUUUAAUCAUAGAUAAAUUUGGACAUUUUCUGUGGUGAGCUAGAAACUUUACGUUAAGUAAAUUAGUAACUUGUAAUAAAUUGGCCUCAGAAUGGAUACAAAUAGUCAUGGUUAAGGAAAAAGCAAACAAGCUUGGUAGCCUAAGUUUUUGGUAGUAAAAUAUGAGAAAUAGGUGGUCCGCGAUCUAAAUUAAAAACCUGUUAGAACUCAGGACAGGCGCUGAAAUGCGCUUUUAACAAUAUUUAAGGCUGUUUUGAUGAAUGCAUUGUGAAAAUAAUUCUUAAUGAAUUCUUUACUGAAUGUCUAAAACAUAAUAUAAUACACAAGGUAUUCUUGCCACUGGAUAGUCUUCAAUAAAAGUUUAAUUGCAUUUUUUUGGUCUCUUAAGUAAGUCUUAUUUUAACUAAGCAUUGACAGAAUAUCUUAAAAUGGUAACGUGGGGGGUGGGGGUGGGCGCUGAGUGCAUUGCAGCCUAGCCAGUGGGUAUCCUGCUGUUUAUAUCUAGUUCAUAGACUUUGAUGACAUUUUAGUAAGAUUUCCAUCUUUUAAGAACUUGAACCAGCAUUCUCUUAAUUCUUUAAAUUGUGGAAAUAAUCUUCCAGCUCUUACACUCUGAGAUGCAUCCCUUUUAUUAAGAGAAAAAAAAUAAUGCUAAUAAAAGGCAGUGUAUUUAAACUGUGCUUUGCAAAUAUUAUGUAUGUUAUGAAUGACUACAGUCACAGGGCAAAUUAUUUGUAGAAUGGUUAUUCCUUUAAGUAGGGGGGAAAAAUCAUAGCCCUUUGGGGCAGAGAUGUUUCUUUUUAAUGUUAAUCAAGGGGAAGUGAUUUAAAUAUGCAUGCAUAUAGCAGUCAGGAUGAUGUAGUUGCUUUUUCCAGAAAGAAAAAAGCCUCAAAAAGGCAAGACUUGUUUUUUCUCUUCUCUGAGAGUUGAAACAAUAAUUCUUUGAUAUUGGUGAAGUUCGAGAAAUUUACAUUUGUUUUUCACUUCAGAACUGAACUGAUUUUUGCCCAAGGAUUCUGAGAAGGAAAGCAAAUAAGUUGCUCUAUUUUAAAGUAGUCAUUCAAUAUAAAUAUAUCAAUCUUAACUUUUUUAUUCUCUGAUAUGAUUAAUAAUAUGUAUAUUCUUACUUUUUCUUCUAAUGGGCAUAUGUAUCCUUGUGGACAUUUUGGAGAGAGGUUUUCUUGGACUCUCCCAUUUAUAGAAUCUUUAUACUCUUUUACUGCGUGGUCCUCUGCUUUUAACAGAUUUCUGAGGCAAAUAUAUUUGUGCUUUUUUCUUAUGUAGGAUGACCAGCGAAAAUAGUUUACUGAGUUGUCGAUUUUAUCAGUAGAUAAGAAACUUUCUUUAGUACAGUUUCAGGGAAGAUUUUUUCAGGAUAUUUCUCAGUUACUCUAAGGGCCAAAUUUUAUAAAAUUUCCAUUAGGAAUGUCAGUUUCAAAUACCCUUUGUAUAGCCUAGGCCUGUGAAGAUACCAAGACUGAGCCUUAUGUAUCUGAACAGGAAUUUACGAGUUCCCAAAGUAACCGUCUCCAUGUAACGACACUUGCACAUGCUUUUCUGAGAUUUGGCUUAUUUUAAUAAUUGUUAUUCCUCAUUCUUCACUCAUUAAAUUCACUCUGCUAUAUUUCCUUUUACUUAAUGAUCUGGCAAAUUCUGCCCUUUGAUCACAACUCAAGUUUUCUUUCAUCUUCUUUUGUGAAGUCCACAUUUUCAGUCACAACAGAGAUUAAGCAAAAUGUUAGGCUUUGCUCUCUUCCAUUUUUCUUGCUACUGGAUUUUUUUUCUAGAAUCCUAACAUAUCUCCUUAUUUUUCCCAUUAUAGUUAUUUUUUAACACUACCUAUCUGAAUUAGCUGCCUAAUUAGUUUUAUCUAUUCCAUGUGGAUGCAGUGAGUUUAUAAGAGAAUUUCACAAACAAGUAGUUUUUUAGUGAACUUAAAACAGAAUUUUAAAGGAGACCUAUUUUUAUACUCAAUAAAAGCACAAAAGUGCAGAAAGUAUAAAAUGGCUUACAAAGGGAAACAUAAGUUCAUAAUGUUCCAUGUAUAAAAGUAAUAAUUUUAUUGGGUAGAGAUACUCUAAAAGAUCCAAUACCUCUGCCACUGCACAGAUAGGACUGUUUUAAAUGACCUGGGAAAUUCUGUUGCCUGCAAUUAUAAACAGAUAACUUCUGUAGAGAAAACAAACCACACAAGCAAUAUGAUCAAGUUGAAACGUGGUUUUACAUGAGCAAUUGAUGAAACAACCUGGACGUGCAAACGUAGAGGCUCCCUUCUCAUUGUUUGAUCAAACUUCUUUUAUGUAGUCAUGCUGACUUGGUUUUUCCUCUGCUGUGAAAUUUCACAAAAAUAAAGCAAUAUGACAAAAAAGUUUGAAAAUGUGUAAAAACGAUUUACUCCAGGGUCCUUGAAGUGACUUUGAUGCUUCUGUGAUUUAGUUAAACAUUGCAUUCCCUCUCCAAAAUUUUGAACAACUGGAAAUAAUAAUAAUAUACAUACAAAGAAUUUUGAUCAAAUAGAUAUUGACAAAGGGCCCUCUAACACAUUUUUCUUCAUCUAGCUUGCGUUCAAGAACACUAUGCCUCAUCCCUUGAAUCACUUAGGGAGAAAUGUUCUAUGCCAUUACCAUUAAUAUCCCAUUUUGUCUACUUUUACUCUUGUACAUAUGUUGUGGGUUUAAGAGUCUUUUGCAUUUGUUCUGUGACACCGAUUUUUGAAUGGACUGUUUUAAAAUGGAGGCCUGCUUUUCCAAUUUAGGACUCCUAGUGGUUAUGGCAUCCCAUAAUGCUUCAUGAUGGCCACCAGAACAGUGCCACCUGAUGUUUUAGGCAGUUUUCAAGCAUGACACUGUUAGAGAGUAUGUAUUUUCCAAGGCCACAUGAAACAUAACUUUCAUAGCCACUCCAGGUUUGGGAGCAUAAAAGCUGAAAAACCCUUUUGUUUAGAAGUCUGAGUGGUUUGUGGGGAGGGGGGGGAACAGUUUUUAGAGUUUGCAUGCCAGCGCGCGACCUAAGGCUGUGAAACAGAAGGGUAAAGCUAGCAGAGGGGGGGUGCGCUGGAGGGUGAAGUGUUUGAUAGCACUAGGGGGAAAGAAAAUGCAUGGCAAAGUUUCGUCUUCUGUAGACUAUCUAGCAUGCCGAGUUUAGUGUGUUGAAACAGUGUAUGACAUUGCUGUAUCAAAGUUGUAAAAUUAAGCAUUAUUUAUUGAAAACUAUGUAUUUUUAUGUAAAAACCUGAUCACAUAGAGAAUAUCAGUGGCUUGUGCUUGUGCUUUGGUCGAACCAGCUUCUUGACCCGUCCCCCUUGGUAUGCAGUGUUGAUGCUCAGGGUUGAAAAUAGUAUACCCCAAUGUCUCUUUUGCAAGAGCUUUUCACAGAGGAAUACAUUUGUUCAAAAGACUCUAAUAAAAUUGUGUGAUCGAUCUGCAUUUGUGGUUUUUAUGUGACUUUUUCUUUUCUAGUUUUGCAUUUGAUAACGACUGUUUAACUCCUGAAGUAUUGUCCUUAAAACUGAUAACAAGGACAGGUUUGAAAAGUACUGGGGGUUGGGGGGGGCGUGGGGAGGGAGGUCAUCUCUUAUAGAAGUUGGACCCCCAGUAUUCUGGGGGGAGUCUUAGAGAUGCUUACAUUUGAAUUAAGCAUGAUACUAUAGUCUCUAAAUUUUUAACUGGCCAAUAUAGCAAAGGAAAAAAAAAACUACAAAAAAUGGUAAAGUGUAGAAAGGUAGAUUAACAUGUUCUUUCAGAAAUAUUUGAGCUAGAAAAUGAAGGAAACAUAUCAGGGCAGUAGCUGCUGUGGAAUUCAAUGCCAGCAAACUCUUGUUUCUUUGUGUCUUUUUUUUUUCUAUUAAACAAUUUACAGUGUAAAUGUAUUUUGACAUAGAAAUCAUUCUGUAUUGAGAUUCUUGAUAUAAGAUGCUUUUAUGGGAGCCUGUAAGUGAUCCUUGGAAUUAUUAUCAGAUUUUUUAAAAGAUGUGUUUACAUGGUGAGUGUUUGUUGUAUAUUAAAUUUGGUUUUGUAGAAA